CUCCAACGUUCAGAGAAACCCGUCCCACAAACUCGGAACAGCCCUGUUUUCUCCGCUGCACGCUAUACGUACAGUUUCCAGUGACAAAGCACCUGGGGCUGGCAAUACAAUAUGAUGUCAACGGUUGGACAGUUUCUCUGCAUCUGUCAAACCAUGUCUCAGCUCUACUUCCUCCGCGGUCUCCGCUGAAAGGCCAUGUCGAACGGAGGAAUUCCUGUUCCCCCCCGUGGUUUUACACCACGCAGGCGUUGAGUGGUUGACCGGGAGCGAUUACGGCUGUCGGGACUCUAGAGUUCAUGGAACCUGACGCCCCAUAGACUCGAAUUCGGUACUCACGAAGUCAUUCGACUCCAGGCAUGUCUUUCACCAGGGUCGUGUCGUUCACUUCACGAGCCGGUCCGAGCCGGCCACGAGUCCGAAAGCGUUCGGUUUUGAGUCGCUCCGCCGGUUUAGGCGGUUUGGGGUCGCUCCAGCACGGGUACGGCCGCGGUGGGGGCCAGUUUGGGCGAACGAGACGAAGAGGAGGAACCGCCACCGAAUACCCGGGAACUUCUCUGCACGAGUUACAAAGCAUUAAAAAGACACAUAUAUGUUUCAUGAUAUUUUAGGAUGAUAUCUACCAUCCAAGGGGGAGAUUAGCAAGCUGCCAUGUAUCCAAAGGGCUGCUUUUCACGAGUCGGGAAGUCUUACAGAAGGACUAUGGGAACCUAUUCUCAUUCCUCUGGCGUUACAAUCGUAAACAUCCCCAGAAACCACAGGAACACUGCACGCAAGCGCGGUAAAAACUGGCGCAUCCUCCCAAGCCUCAUCGCCCAUUCUUUCGCAAGAAGGCGAUGUAGUGGCCAUGGCCACAUACUGCGGACGCUUGCUGCAGCACGUAAUUCCUCUCUCAGCGCAAAUCAUGUCCAAUAUCUCUGAGCCACGGUGAUCACACUGCUUUGGAAAUUCGACAUGGUUUGAAUGGUUUGGUCGUGCUUGGUGGUCUCUUCAACAGACUUUCACCACAUGGUUCAGCGAACAAUGCCUCUCAUCAAAAAUAAGGCGGACUCUUGGUUCAUGGUCUAGGCAGAGUCGAAAGAAACGUCUUUUGUAGAUGAAAACAAAUGGUUACUCGAUGUAGCCAUUAUCCACUCACUUGUACAGUUUUUUACGCCACAACAUGCUCUUCACCAAUUGACAGGUCGGGUCAAACGAAGGCCGUGCACUCGUGCACUGCUUGGACAAGUUGACUCGUAUCAGUCGCAUCAUAGCGUAAGAUGCCGCAGUAGCAGUUGAUCAAUUGGAGUAACUUGGGGUACAAACUUAAUACAAACAAGUGCAUGCUCCAGGGUCGGAAACAUGCCCCGACAAGUGUUUUUCACCGAGCAGCCUACAACAAAAGUGUUUGGUGGUGGGUUUACACCGGACUAGUGUUGGAUCUCUGGCUAUAAGUCUGUGAGCCACUGUGAGCCACUGCGCGACUGUGUUACUGGCCUGACUGAGUUGAGAAGUUUGAGGAGUGAAGUCUGCAGCCAAGGCGAAUCGAACGUUCCUUUCUUCACCGCUUUUUUCAGUACUUCCGUGGAUAUCUAUACACUCCGAAGAAGACAUUACAUGGAAGUGGACACCACCCUGUUGGGAAAGGAGAAUAGUCAUCCAGAGGUCCAUGUUUACCCUUCCACCCUGGUGAGUCGGAGAGCUAAAUUGAGCAUUGCUCAAAACCUAUCGAGAAUUUGUUCUAAUGAGAUCUUCUUUCACAAGUUCCUUUCGCAACACUUUCGCGGCUUGCGUUUUGGCUUUUGCGCGCUGCAUUCUGUGCAAAAACACUUUCGCAAGCUUUCACGGACGGAACUGAUUUCGCAAGUGUUUGCCAACUUUCCGGAGCUUUCGCAAGCUUUCGCCAAUGAAGAAUUCGCACAACCUUUCGCGGAUCUUUCGCGACUGCAUGUUUUGCUUUCGCGAAGGCAUAAAAAAUAACUCUCACUUCAAAUUGUUACUUGGGAAGUUUUGGCCACUGCUCGAUUGGCCUUUUGCGCACGAGAGCGCGCGAUCAGCGAUCGACCAGCUCUGGCGGUGUCUUCUUCGAGCGGAAUGGCACGGUUCCCACGUCGCUUUCGACGGUACCCCGAUAAACUCAGCAUCGACUAAGAAGUCCUAAAUACUCGGCAAGGCCAUGAGGCGCGUCACCCACGCGAAAGCCACAUUCGAGGGGUGUUCUUUUCUUUGGUCAAUUGCACUGGCAAGGCCUUGGGCCAUGCCUAAGGGCUCACCCGGAUUAGAUCCGGACGACUGACUGGGGUCUUUUUCAGGGUACGACGGUACUCACCCCUGGUUGGCGCAAAUGUUUCUUCCCUAAGAAUCAUUGGACCCUCCUAUGGAGGGUUUGGACCCUGCAGAACGCAGGGUUUGGACCCGAACCAAACCUUCACCUUUGAGGGUUGUUGAUUCUUAGGGUGGCUUCACAGCCAAAAAAGAACACCUAAAUAUUGAUGCAAUUGCUCAUGGCCAGGGGGCCUGGGUCAGCAGACGGCCAUCCCGCCAUCCCGGUCUGUUGUCUUCCUUAUCGCUGGCCCAAGUCAACCGGACCGGUUGUGGGUUGCAACGGGGGUGAAACGGCUCGGACCGCCGUGCCAACAGCCCGGCUCGUUUGGUUGAUUCUGAGAAACCCUGCAACGAAACUCGCGAAGACGAUGAGUCGAGAGCUAGUGCUGCAUGGGGUUAAGACGCCAAAAAGAGCCAUGUCAUAUUGGUUGAACAAGGAGACUACUUUGGCUGCCUGUGAAUGACCGCUUGCGCUGUCAAGAAAUGACAGCUGUUGGAGCUUGAACAGCACACCAACCGCUGCCAAAGUUUUGGCGAAAUCCUAAUGUAAAAAAACAUUAGCAAGUGGUUCUGCAAUCUCCCAGUCAUGAGGGUGGAACAGACAACCGCUAGUCUUCCUCGCGUAUGCUGCCUGAAUCUUCGAGGCAGGCGCAUGUGGCACUGCCGCUGCGCGUCCUGCGGUGCAACAAAUUGGUGGCCAUUUUCGUUCAAGCCAUUGGGCUUUGGGUUCUGGGCCGCACUCUUUUUUCCCUCUGCUUUCUCCUGUAGGCUGUGCUGUAGGCUGCGCGUGCCACCAAGGUCCAUAUGGCCACCAGAGGUGGCGCCUGCCGAAGAGUCUGGUGGUGUUGGGGGGAUUGGGUUGACUUGAGGCCAGAGGGGGUGAACGAAAGCUAGGCGGGCGGGGAGGCGUGCGCAUGCUAGGGUGUGGCUGCGCAGACCACCAAGCAACAGACCACCAAGCUAGCUGAGGCUAGCUUUCGUGAUUAUAAGACUCAUUGAGGUUCCAAAUUGUUCAGUCGGACAUGGUUUGGGCUCAAAUCUACAGCCAUUUGGGCACAAGUUCGAUCUACGGUUGGCUUUUGUUUGGUGGCAUGGCGUGGCUUGGACACAGCAUGCUCCCUUGGUUGCCCUAGUUACAACUCACGCGCAUGUGUUUUUAGUUGUUCAUGCCACUUACCUUUCUGUAAGAAAACGGGUGCGCACGUCCAGGAAUGAGGCAUGCUCUGUCUGCGCUCAGCGAGGCUGUGGAACUCUUCAUGAACCAUUGCCGGAUAAGGGGGAAGAAGUUUCCUAAGCGUCAGUUAUUUACGUACAAUCACGCGCAUCUUUUCCUGAAUUUCUUUGUAGUGAAACAUCUGAACCAGCCUACAUGAUCGCUAGCUGGUGGUGAAGUACAAAGCAUGGAUCAUCCGAUCCUUGGUCUGCCUCCAGGGCAACCCGAGGGUUCACAGGCCGAAGGAAGAGGAAAUUAGGAAGCUGAUGGAAGCUGAAAUUCUCAUUCCCCAAGCCAGCCCAAGAGGACGAAAUUCCAACCGGAUCAACUUGAUCAGUCCUUCGUCCCCCAACCGCGCAACCUUUUUAUUGAAAAUGAGUGUUGCGGCUAUGUUUUCUUCAAUCCCUUUUUGGACGCUCUGCCCAUGCAGCUGUGCCUGAACCGAGGCGGCAGCAAAUCACUCGUGCCCCCUGCCAGGUGGGGGAAACAGUACAGGGGAUGGUGGAGAGUGUGCCCAAAGCAUCCCAGGUUGAAAAAAAUCAAUCGAGAUUGAUUUUUGCAAUCGAUUCGUUUUGAGAAUUUCGAAUAUUGAAGUGCUUUGCACUGGCACCCAAAAAGGUGCAGGCCCCAUAUAUAGAGCAAAAAACUGGUGGCCAGGAUCGACCAAUUUGUGUUAACUUGUUUAAAGUCGGCCGCUAGAGUUGUUUGACUUGUAUCUUUUCUGGAGAAGGUUCGGUCCUCCGAAGUCGGUCCCCUUCAGCAACUGGCUCCGCACCAGAAUCGCCUGACUCAAGUAUCAAAGAAAAGCGUGGGUGUGUUGAGUUGCUGGCAUGUUGAAUCACCAGCGAUCGAAAAAUCGGAAUUAUCUUUCUGUGGAGGUCCAAGCGCGACGAGAUCCAGCAUAACUUUGUGCAGUGCACCAAACUCGAUGUAGCCCUGAAUGCUUUGCUUUCUCAGGGAAAGUGACGUGACAUCUACAUGCUUUUGUUCUAGCGCAUGCUCUUCCCAUACCCAACUUCUUUCCCAUAAACUCCCACAGCUUGGCUUCCCAGCUGAACCCAAGGUCAAUGAAAUCCAGCAAUGCUUCCUCAGUGUCGCAUG